AUGACGGACGUAAUAAAAUGCAACUCGUGCAAUAUUGUAAUAGACGAAUUAUUGGCUUACGUGCAAAAUAAAGUGUCGAUAAUUGACGCGAUAACACUUGUGCGAAUAUGUAAAUCCGCGUUCACUAGUGACGAAAUCAAGAAAUCUAAAUCCUUGUUGUUUGAUUCCAUUUCAACGGAUGCUCGUAAAAUUACCAGGAAGAGUAAGGGCAAGGAGGAACGUGAUCUUGUGGAUAUAAUAAAUGUGUUUAGGUCGACAGAACCAGAUGUGGUCCCUAUAUUUGUCGCGCGGCAACUUGAACGUCUACCGCCGAUUCUUUUUAACAGCCUAGAUUGUACCAAAUUAUUAAAAGAUAUGUUGAAGAUGCAAAACGAUUUGGACGAAAUUAAAACGUCAUAUGUGACCCUUCAACAACUAGACAGGCUAAAAGAAGAACUCCAAGUGGCCAAAAAUAAUUAUUUGCCGCCUUCGUCGAUAUGUAACGUAAAUACGAAACGAGGGGCCUGGGCUGUUGAUACUUUUGACAGUGGACCUAUGGGCAUUUUACAGUGUAACUCGACGGUUAUAGAAAACUGCGAAGUGGCUAAACAAGUGCCGGGACAUGAGAGUGCAAACAGAAGUAUUUUGCAGGAGGGUGUGCCGAGAUCUUUGCAUGACUCAUCAGCUUACCAACGGUCGAGCGUCGAUAAGGUCGAAAGUGCGCAUGCAUUGAUCGCAGAUACCGCACAAACUCACGCUACCGCUACACCGAUGCCGCCGGGCGAACGUCAGCUGAUCCAGGACGUAAACAUAGCUAUCGGUACAGCGGAUAACGUCUCUUCAAUUAUAAGUGUGCCGAAUAACGAUGAAGGAUGGAAUUUAGUGCAAAGGCGUUCUACACGUACAUCGAAAUAUCGUUUACAGGGAAAGUACGGAGUCGCGACGGGCCUACAGUGUAACUUUAAAGCCGCAGAAAGAAAAGUUCCGCUUCUUAUAACGAAUGUACAUAAAGACACGACGCGGGAGGACGUAAUGCAGUACAUACGCAAGCAAACCAACGAUACUGUGUUCUUACGAGAAAUACAUACCAAAAACAGACGGGACUAUAAGGCGUUUAAAAUGUUCGUAUCUGAGAAUAAACUGCAUAUGUACUUAGAUGAGAAAAUAUGGCCCGAAAAUAUUAUUUUCAGACGGUUCGUUAAUGAUAAGUACAAAUAUCCGAACAGAGUUAACUCUGACGUGGCUGGCAUGGACAAAGAAAAUAAUAAAUAGCUGUGAUAAUAAUAGUACUUAUAGUUGUAAGUUUGCAAGUUUUAACUGCAAGUCGGUAAAACGUUCCAUAAAUGGAGUGAGAGAAUUAUGCCGUACAUGCGACGUGAUUGCGUUACAGGAAAUAUGGCUGAUGAAAGAAGAAAUUCCU